AUGCGAAACCGUAUAUCCUUAGCAUUGUGUGGGUUGAAUGCAAAUCGCCCUGGAUUUUACCUCGGCACUGUUCUGCUAACAGCCUUGAACGUUUUAUUGUGGCUGUGUGGUGCUCAGACUAGCCUCACCUUGGGACCAGGUGGCGAAUUUCCAAGUCUGAAAGGUUUGACCACCUAUGCUUUCAGCCAUGAAGACCUAACAUCCCUUGUCUGUAACACAUCCCUUCUUGUGUGGCUUGGGUCAUGCCAGGAGCAAAGAUGGGGUACAAUGGCAUUCUUCAUACUCACACUGUUCUCUACAGUACUCCUUCCGCCAUUGUACACACUGGCUCUUUUCAUCACAGAUGAUGAGACCAGCAGAAUCAGUGGUUUUUCUGCUGUCCAACUGGCACUGUUCACUGCACAGAGCCAGCAGAUGAAGCAAAAGAGACUUUUAGGCUGUGUUCCUAUUUGGCUGCUACCCUGGUUUCUCCUUGUACUACACUUCUUCCUGCUCCCUGGCACUCCUGGCAUGCUUCACUUCUGUGCAAUCUGUUUAGGCUACAAUUACACACCCUCACUGAUUGGGAUUAUUCAACGGCUUGAAGUCCCAUGGCUUUCUAGUUUUUUGCCUGUCUGGGCUUAUGUAUCGGUACGAGCCAGAUUUCAAUUACCAACCCACAACAUUCAGCAAAGAUCAGAAGACCAUAUCCAGCCUCCAACAGUGGAAGUAUCAGACCUCCUAACCUCCACUCAGUUUGAUUCCUUCACAUCUCCAAAACAACAGUCUGCAGUAUCAAUGAUUACAUCAGAUACACAGGCACUGGAAGAUGAAAUGUUAAGGGCAGGGAUUUUAGCUUCAUUACAAUAUUCCACAGAAGAAGAGAAAAAAGUUGAGGUGCCAAAAUCAUCUGUUUCCUCCCUGAGGCUACAGCAACUACAGAAGAUGGGAUUUGCAACCGAGAAGGCUGUUGUUGCCCUGGCUGCCACAGCACAGUUGGAUGGGGCUAUAUCAUUGCUUAUUAAUGGCCAAGUUGGGGAAGAGGCAGUGGUGAUUUCCAAGGGCAAGAAAAACCCUCAUUCAUAGACACACAAGAACAUUGUUUGUUUUCCAUCUCAUCUGUACAGAUCCAGUCAAAUGCUGUUUUAUUGUUUAGCUUUGCAAUUGUACCUAUUUUAAUUAUUGCAAUAUUAAGAUAUAUAUGCCAGCUCACAUGUUAUGAUGAUAUUUUAUGAUUUAUUUCAACAAAAUAUGUUCAUCAUUAUAGGCCGAAUCAAAUAAAACCCCAUGUCUCCGG